AUAUGAGCGAUCCAUACGAUUGGCCAUUCCCAAGUAGGAAAGAUUUAAUGUAUUUGUCAUCAAUAAGUAUUAAUUCUAUAUCAUAAAUUAGAUAAACGAGAUGUAGGCACUGUUAGACCUGAUAAAUUAACUGGAUAAGAUUUUAAUCUUUAAACAAAGGACAUUGAUGGUAACUGAAUUUUCAAAGUAGGUGCCUAACCUUGUAUGAAGCCAUAUAAAUUUACUAAUAAACCAGACUUUACAAAUACAACUAAUGAUAUUGCAGGCACUCGUUCAAAAGUAUUGAUUCCCUCUAUUGGAAGAGAUGUAUAAAAUUGUAUUAUUUUGAAGGGAUUUUCUCUUAAUAAUCGUGACAUCAAAGGUGCUUAUCCAUAAUUGAAUAAAUUUCAAACAACAAGACCUCCAACAAAUCCAGUAGAUCCUGUUUAUGUUCUCCCAAAAGCUGUACCUGUUGAACCUUUGCAACCGAAAUUCAUUAGAGAUUAAAUAAAUAUUGAUGUACAGCGAAUAAUAAUGAAAAGGACAUACCAGGAACAAAACCCAAUCCUCCUGCUGCAAAAUUGAGAAAAACUGUUCAUAUAUUUGAUGAAGUAGAUGGAGCAAAAUCAAAACCUGCAUUCAUGCCUAGAGAUCAUAUGGAAAUUAUGGAUGUUAAAGACAUAAAUGAAUAUAGGGUAUUUAAAUCAUCUCGUGUAACUAAUCCACUUGAACCUGAAUAUUAAUUAAAAGAUGUUGAAGAUUAACCAGCUAAUUAAAAAUAUGGAUUUGUAAGUGGAAGUAAGAGUAGAGUCUUGCAUCCCUAAAUAAAUUAUAACACAAAGAAUUUAGAAACACAAGAUAUCGAAGGAUGUCAUGUAGGAGCUAUAAGUGAUCAUUUUUUAAUGAGACAAAAGCGAUCUUAAUUUAGAGCUAUUAAUGAUACUAAAGAUGUACCUGGAGCUCAGGUUGGUACUUUGAGAAAAGGGCUGCUUAAUCAUAGAGGGACAAACCCAUUGACUCCUGAAUAUCAACUUUUAGGAAGAAAUGAGAUUUAUAAUCAAAAUAUUCCACGUACUGCAUUUGAAGGUAAUCGACAGAAUCAAGGAGGUGAUAAACCAAAAACUUAAUAAUCAUUGAGAUCAAAUUCAUUAAAUAAAAUAGAAUAACCUUUAUCGACAGCUUAAAAAUUUGAUUAGUUUAUAAAGAAAUGA